ACCUAUAUAAAAACAUUCACUUUUUUAGAAAUAUGUCUGCUGUGAAGAAAAUGAAAAGAUUGACCAGGCAAUUCACGAUCUAUCAAUAGAAGAUUGCGGAAGAUUUGAAACGGAUAAGAUAAUUGGUAGUAAAGAAAUUCAAUUAAUGUCCAGACCCUGGAUGGCGCUUCUCAAUUUUAGAACCAAUGAUGGAAAGAAUACUUUCACCUGUGGCGGCUCGCUGAUAAACAAACGUUACGUACUAACAGCUGCUCAUUGCUUCUCAAAUCAAAAACUUCUAUAUGUGCGUCUGGGAGAACACACCAUAAGCCAGGAAAGAGAUUGCAAAGGGAAUAUUUGUGCGCCACCAGUUGAAGAUAUUGGCAUUGAACGCAUUUUUGUGCAUGAAAAGUACUCACGUCAAACUGGUCCUAAUGAUAUUGCUUUAGUGAAACUCUCCAAAGACGUAGAGUUCCGAGAAAGCAUCAUGCCCAUUUGCCUGCCAACGUCCGAGAUUCUUCAACAAAAAGUCAACACUGUGCAGGGAUUCUAUGUGACUGGGUGGGGUAGAACCGAAAACACUAGUUUUUCUGAUGUUCCAAUGGAAGCCCGUGUAAAUCGAGUAGACCACUCAAUAUGCCAGAAAGUAUAUAGAAAUAAUAUAGAAAUAUCUUCAACUCAAAUAUGCACUGGAAGCGUUGGAAAGGACUCUUGCAAUAGUGAUUCGGGUGGACCACUGUCAUAUGUGGCUUUAUUGAAUGAUUAUCAACGGUUUGUACAGUAUGGAGUUGUGAGUUUUGGAUCCCGCACAUGCGGUGACGGUCAUCCGGGUGUCUACACAAACAUUGGAAGUUACAUUCGCUGGAUCGCCUACAAGAUUGCCACCAAAUAAAUUGAACAAUCUAAUCAAUAUUAUAUUUUAACAGCGAUAUUGCAAUUCAAUUCAAUGACAGUAAAUGAUGACAGUACAUUGAUUAAUAAUAACAAAUAAUAAUUGUUCAGAUAUUUUUGUCUUGUCCACUAUAUAACAUGGAAGUGACUUUUAGA